AGUUUUACAUAAACCACAAAACGUCCUUCCUUGUUAGCAUAUAUCAACUAGCUUACAAAAUGGCAACUGGAACCGUAAGUGUAAAAAUGUUAACACAUAUCACGUUUUCAUAGUGUUAUAAUUUAAGUUACAUAACAUAAUUCUUUGUUAGCAUAUAUCAGCUAGUUUACGAAAUGGCAACCAGAACCGGAAGUUAUGAUGUCAUCAGUGCUUUAUACGUAUUCAUUUUAAAUUAUUUUCUGCGUGGAAAAUUAUAAUUGUAAAAAAACAGUUUUACUUUCAUGAACAGAUGAAUUGGAUUUACAUGAUUUCUUAUGGGAAAAUGUGAUUCAGUGUGAUAAUGUCCGUUUAGAACAAAUGAAUGACACUAACCAAGGUUCCACUGUAACUCAUGGAAAUGCCUCAUACCAAAUGCAAGUGAUCUCCUUCAAUCCAGUGAGUCCAACCUCUGUUCUUCUUUUCUCCUCUCUGGACACACACCAGCUUGUCAUGGUGCCAGCUGACCACACUCUAAAGUGAAGAAAUCUAUUUAUUAAACUAGAAUAUUCACAAUAAUUCCUUUGUAUUUUACCAGGCAUGUACGGUUGUCCAGUCCUUUGGUCUCCUCUUGGUACUCUUCCCCAACUUUAAAAGCACAUUCAUAAUUUCGGAAGGUGCUGAGGGUUCUGAUGGAGAAAUGAUCCCCGUCUUGCUUAAUCACCUUCUGAGGCUUCAGCAUGGCUGCCAUUUUGCGGGUUGCAAAAUCAAUGCCUGCCAAACGAGACGGUGACGCACAUUUUGCUAAAAAGCAAGGGUGAAAGCAGACAGAGAAGUUUCAGGUCUUACCAAGAGCAAGCAUGUAUCCUUCAAAGUUGACGUUGCGGACCAUGUUCCAUGUCCCUGUGUAGUCCACCGCCAUCUCUGGAAUCUGGUGUGUCUCACAAUCAAGCGUGAGGAGUGGAUUUGUGCUGCUAGUUGUGUGUCAAUAUGGGCAGAGACAAUUUUGUUAACUCAAUGCGGCCCUCGAGUCCAAAUAUUUGCCCACCCCUGCUCUACGUGCUGGUCCUCAUGGCAUUUCACAGCAGCAGAUGGAUGCCCAGGAAUCGGAGGCUCAAGUUCCAAACUGUAAAUGUGGUGUUCACCGCCCUGGUUGUGGUCCCUCAGCUGUAUGUCAUUGCAAGGCCCAAAUCGUCAAGAUACUGCAAGCAGCCUUUGGUGAACAACCUAUCAGCAUCCAUCGCCUUGUCUCUCAUCGCGUCAGGAUUUUCAGUGGUCUUCACACUAGUAGAGACAGUUCCUCAGGGCUUGUGGGCGUCCUAUCACGUGUUUGGAUUGCUGUCGUUUGGACACGGGAUAUGCACCACCAUCCUGACACUGACUGCGGCCACAUGCGCCAAAACCACACCUGAGCUGUAUCACAUGUCUGUCUUUCUGACGGUGGCUUCCAUUGUCAGCACAGGUGCACUUACGGUGAAAGGAGUCCUGUGGUUGACAAAAGGCAGGAACAACGAGAACCACUAAACAGAGUCCAGCUGUGCUACACGGGACAUCCAAUACCGCUCAUAUUAACAUUUCACAUGCUUUCCGUGCCGCUGGCAGUCGGUAACUGAAAACCAUGGGAAUGAAAGCGACUUAAUCCAGCUCAUGUUUUAAUGCUUCACUUCAACAAAAGCAGGUGUUUUCUUGGGGCCGGCGGAUGGCUUACAUAGGCUUCCUGUUGGAACCGCUCACAGGAAGUUAUUCAGAAUGCAACACGGCUUGCGUGGAUGCCAAUCAAAGUACAGGUGUGACCUGAGCGAGCCGGAAUGUACCGAUGACAGGGGGAAGAUGACAUUUGUAUGAAUCAUAAGUCAAAGACGUAACUGAGAGCACAGACCUCCACCAAGCGUCAUGGUUCCCUCCAAUUUGUCAGUCACAUCAAAAUAAUAAUCCAACACGUUUUGGAUCAGUCUUAUAUUGUUGGAUUUUUUUCCAAGUGCUUUGACCAUUUGUCCUGGAUCCAGACGGUGAUUUGGAUCACCCCCACAAUUCCUGGAAAAUUUCAUCCAAAUCCAUUGUCUUCAUUUGGAACACAUAAUGCACAAAUGCUGGAAAAACAUAACCUCCACCUGAGGUCAAAAUGAUAGCUUCGAUGUCUGUUAAUUAAAAAAAAAAAAACUCUCAAAUGAAGUGGUUACCCGUACUGUGGUGUGUGUUGCUGGGCCGAGGUGAGCAAAUCAAGCGACCACGCUUCCCCCUGAGCUAAAAAAGGUAAACAAUCAUGGCGUGGAUGGUGUGGGACUUCAGAGGACACAUCGUGUGCCAUUUAUUAGAUUUCUUGAAGUCUCUGUAUGCACAUUGAGAACUUUUUCAGUAUCUUUAAAAUCAGUCAGUCAAUUGUAUUAAAAAUAAACUUUGCCAUGAACUGAAUGUGCAUUUUUCUGCAUAUGUAGACAAGUUCUCCCCCCAAAAACAUCAAGUUAA